AUGUCCAUCAUACGCCGCGCACUCACCACUGUCUCACAAGCGGGCCCCUCCACACCCCCUUCUAUCGCUCUUACCGCUCCUCGGGCGGUCCGGAAACGGCGAGACCAAGCUGCUUUAAAUGCCAACCCGACCGGUCUGCCGAUCGCGGCCAAGGCGCCUCGGGUACUGCCUGCGCGUUUGGAGGCGGAGUUUCAGGCGCUGCGGACGAAGGGACAGUACAAGGGGGAUGAAGCGAGCGGGCGGAAAGUGUUUUGGGACAGGCAGGUGUUAUGGCGGAGUCGAGUUCGGGGUGUGAAGGGGACCAAGGGGGAGUUUUUAGCUCGGGAUCAGGGCGAGGCGGCUGAGGAGAGCACCACCCCAGCGGCGACAGAGGGAAUCAUCGCUCAGCGGAUCUACCUCCCCAACAUCCAAAUCCGGCUCAUGCGGAACCACACACCCCCCGGAACACCGUACGACCCCCACACAGCCACCUUCCGUAUCCCCCACAGCAUGACCAAGACCGACCUCCGGUCUUACCUCACCACACUAUACGGCCUGGCGCCCACAUUCAUCCGUACCGACAACUACUUUGCGCCUAUCAAGCGCACGGCGAAGGGAUCGUUCAAGCCCGAAGUGGGGUCGACCAAGUCGUACAAGCGCGCGGUGAUUGGGUUGACGGAACCGUUUCAUUAUCCCGAUGAUGUGGAGGAGCUGUAUGCGCAGGGAGAGGCGAGCGGAGUGGGCGAGGCGCUGGGCGAUGAGCGUAAGCGGUGGAUUGAGGAGAACUUUAAUGUUGAGGCGAUGAAGGAGUCAAAGAAGAAGGCUUUGAUGAAGUACCACAAGGGUUAUAGGUGGAGGGGCAAGACGCACGAUAACGAGGGGAACACGAUGCGGGAGAUCAUGAAGAAGAGGUGGAGCAAGGAGGAUCAAUUAUCGGAGGAGGUAGAGAAGAUGCGCGAGGAGACGAGGGGGUUGCGCAUUGCCGAGUAG